CUGCUGCAGAAAGGCGGGUCUAAUCUACAGCGCCUAGGAAGAAGAAGACGGCCAUCUUCGUGAGGUCGCAGGCCUUUGUGAUGCCAAGACACUGUUCUGCUGUAGGUUGCAAGUCACGUGACACAAAAGACAUUAGGAAAUCUGGGAUCACUUUUCACAGAUUGCCAAAGAAGGGAAACCCUCGACGCACAACUUGGAUUAUCAACUCUCGCCGCAAAGACCCGGAGGGAAAAGGACAGUGGGACCCACAGAGCGGAUUCAUCUAUUUCUGCUCUCGACACUUCACCCCCGACAGCUUUGAACUCUCUGGUGUCAGUGGUUAUCGCAGACUGAAGGAUGAUGCGAUUCCCACUGAGUUUGAGAUUCAGCCUCACGAAAGAGGAAGUGCUGGUAAAUGCGCCACGAAACAGAGAGGCAGACCUCGAAAUGUGGACAAACAUAUCAGUGUCAACAACUCCACCUACGAGAACUCAGAAACCCAGGAGAUCUUCAACAAUGAGACCGCGGUGCAAAAAGUAGCAGAAAGUGAAUGUGAAAAUGGCAGUGAAGAGGACAGGCAUGCCCGGCCUGCACCAGAGGCUCCUCAGACCCCUGAAGAGUCGACUCUGGACGACCAGCCGCCUGACCCCACCUCUCCUCCACGGCCACCUUCUCCAUCGUGCUACAUGAGACGCCUCCCGCCUCCUCUCGGUUUUUACUUGCCCAAAGAGCACAACUACGCUCAGCUGUGCCCUCUAGUGUGGCGCAAGCGCUACGACAAAGCCAUCGACAGCUUAGAAAAAGCACUACGUCUUCUGAGCGCCGCCCGGCGCCGGGAGAACCGCCUGCGCCACGCACUGCUGCGCCUCCGGGAGAACCGACUAAGAAACACGUUGUUUCGCACACGAGACGGAGCCAAAGGAAAGGAGGCCAGAGGGGGCAGGUUGUCGAGCUGGGCUGCUCAAAAGGGACAAGGGGCGAAGGUGGACAGAGGUCUUGAGGGAUUGGAGGAGAGCGCAAGUGAUGAAAUAGACCUUUUAGCUGAAGGCUGGAACGGACAAGCACAGACGAAAGGAAAAGUGGCAGGGGAAGAAGAAGAGGGGUGCUGCUUUUACUGCGGGAGAGACAAUGAAGGAAACAAAGUAAGUGGAUACAAAGAAGCGCCCGUAGGACACGAGGAGCUUCAAGGGUCCCAUACCAGAAAUAAGCCCAAGAGAAUCCCGGAAAUCAAAAGGAAAGCCAAACCGCUCAAAGGGCAGAAGUCAGAAACUGAUGUGGCGCCUGUGGAGCAGCAGAGCUACUUUUUGUAUUACUGCGAGAGCGCGGAGAGCGAGGACGCCAUGCAGGUGGUCACCAUGGAGCUGCAAGCGCCGCAGCUGAGCAGCGAGGAGGAAACAUCUCUGGAGCUCCAAGAAGACCUCCAGCGCCUGGCUCUGCUGCACCCUCAGACCGAGCCCGUUCAGUACGCCGCAGCUCUGCAGGAGACGCCUGCGCCCUUCCAGCUGCAGCAGAUCCAAGUGCUUCAGCCGCAGCAAGGACUUCUCCCCGACCAGGACAAGAGCGACGCGGAGCAGGGGCAGCAGUUCUUCUGGGUGCAGGAAGGGGGCGACGAUCACGUCCUGCUGAUGCCCGUCCCUGCCGAGACCAGGGACGCUGAGACUGUGCAGCCUCAGGUGAUCCUGGAGAGAUACCAGUCGAAGGAGGCCGAGGAAAGGCUGGCCGUCAAGUGCGAUCCGGCGGUGUUAUCGUCUCCGGCGUGGGAAAACGGCCAGCUCGCGCAUCAGUCGGAGCUGAGGCCCGCGGCAGACGUCAGAGAGAGGCUGAAGGAACAUCUGGAGGGCUUUCAGCUUCAGCUGAGCAGCGAGUUUGUUGACUGAAACCAUCACAUUUUAAUGUUUUUUUUUAUUCUCCAACUACAGAACGCGCACUGACUCAGCAUCUUUUUGAUAUGAAGGCAAAUUAUUGUUAAAAUUGAAUAUGUGUAUUUUAUCCGGAAAGCCAAAAUGCAGUAAAACUCUAGUUAGUAAAAAUGUACAUGGGUUAGUAAAUUGGAUUUGCUGAAACAGAUUAAUGGCAUCACGGUUACUGUUCAAAAGUGCCAAAAUUACACAGUACAUCAGUUUGUAACUUGCUCUCUUAUUUUUCCCUGUCUGUUUACCCACAAACAUGGAUUACUGCAGAUGGGGGUUUGGAAGCAAUUCCCUCAGCCAUGAUGAUUACGUUUUUCUUUCAUAAAGAACAAAAAGAUAUUAA